AUGACCCUUAACCAAUUUCUACAGACCGACCGCGAGACAUACCCCUAUGUCUUCAUGAAGAAUACGCCGCCAUUCGGCUCGCAAACCUACCCGGUGAUCGCAACCUAUGGUCCCUAUGGAAAAGACGUUCCGUAUUCCGUCUUUAAUCGAAGUAGCUUCGAUGAAGUGAACCCACAGCACAAAUCUGCCCAUUCAGCGUGGGAAACCCCCGACCCAGGGUACUGGACUCAGCGGGGCUACAUCGUCUUGAGAGUAGACGAGAGAGGAACUGGGCAAAGUCCAGGGCAGUUAGACGUUCUGUCCCGUGGAACCAGUGAGACAUUCUUUGACGUGAUCGAGUGGGCUGCUGAGCAGGAACGGUCGACCGGCAAGGUCGGCCUGCUGGGGGUCAGCUACUACGCCGCAACGCAGUGGAGUGUGGCCGCUCGCAGACCCAAGGGGCUGGCCGCGAUUAUUCCUUGGGAGGGCUUCAGUGACUAUAACCGAGAGGCUGUUCGUCAUGGUGGCAUCCUCGCGGACCAAUUUAUAGGGAUAUGGUGGUCUCGGCAAGUACUGCCCAACCAAUAUGGCACUCCCGGUCGCUGGGGUGACCCGACUCUCGAAGGGGACUUGGAUUCGGAGACCCGAGCUCAAAGCCUGGCUGGCUUGACCGACAACACCGUCCGGUAUCCGUUCGCGGACGAUGGGCAAAACAAGUCUCGAGUGUUUGCUGUUGAGGAUGUCAAAGUCCCUGUUCUCAGUGUAGCCAACUGGGGUGGUAUUUUGCUGCACUUGCGUGGAAAUGUGGUCGGAUGGAUGCGAGCGUCUUCUCGAUACAAGUUUCUACGCUUCGUCGUUGGCCGACAUGACUUACCCUUUUACUGGGAGCAAUCGGCGGAGCUGCAACGGUCGUUUCUGGAUUGUUUCUUGAGAGAUGACGACCAUGCGGGCUGGAAGACUACCCAGCCCCGGGUCUAUCUCACUCUGCGGAACAAGGAUUCCGAUCCCACGAAUGAGUUAGAUCAGCCGGGUCGCCCUGAGGCGGAUUGGCCUAUCCCCGACACACAGUAUACUACGUUUUUCCUUACGCCGAAGCGUACUCUAUCUACCGUAGCCGCUGAGACGACAAAUACCUGUACCUACGAUGCGCUCCAUGGGGACCCUAUCCAAUUCCAUUAUACGUCCAGCUCUUCCAUUGAGAUUACGGGGCAUAUCGUCGUACACUUAACCAUUUCCGCCUCUCGACUCAACCCUGACAAUGCACCCCCUUCUGAUAUAGAUAUCUUCGUCACCCUGCGCAAGCUGGACAAGGAGGGAAAUGAAGUGUUCUACACGGGUACCGUCGGCGAUCCGGCUCCCGUUGUCAAGGGUUGGCUGCGUGUUUCGCAUCGCAAGGUGGACGAGACACAUCCUUUGCACCGCCCUUACCUGCCAUAUCGCAGCUACUCCCGUUCUGAUGUGCUGCCGGUGGUAGAGGAUGAUAAGUAUCCAGUUGACGUGGAAAUGUGGCCGACAACCACGGUCCUGGAAGCCGGAGAAUCACUCGUGCUGGAGAUUGCGGGUCACGAUACGCAGGGUGUGGGCUUGUUUUCGCAUCAGCAUCCAGAGGAUCGCGCCCCAAGCAAGUUUGCAGGCCUGAAUCACGUCGAGGUGGGUAGGGAUAGUAGCUGGAUUUUGCUGCCUGUCAUCCCACCGCGGAACUAG